AUGGAGGAUCGCUGCAUCAGCGAGGAACAGAAAAAGAGUUAUAAAAGAAAACGGCUUUUAUUAGGAAGUGAUACAGAUUUUCCUGCAGCAAAAAUACGGAAUCAGAGAAUUCGUUUUUUAAAUCCUUACUGGUCAGUUUAUAAAGCUCACGCGAAAGCUCGAUGGGUGGGCCAAAAGCUUACUGAUAUUUUUGCUUCAGAAUUCAUUUCCGCCGCGCCGAACUACAUAAAGGCUGCGUGCAAAAUGGGCAGAAUUUUUGUCAACGGUUCACCGAUGACUAAUCUUGAUUAUGUUGUUCAGAACAGUGAUUUAAUUCACCAUAUUUGUCACCGACAUGAACACCCUAUACUUGCAAAACCCAUAAGAAUUAUCUCAGAAGAUGAAAAUUUACUUGUAAUUGAUAAGCCGCCAAGUAUGCCAGUACACGCUUGUGGUAGAUAUAGAUUACAUACUGUUAUCGGUUUGCUCAUGAUGGAGCACAAAAUUGGUGGUUUACGAGUUCUUCAUAGACUUGACCGGACUACAUCCGGAGUUCUUUUACUUGCUAAAAACCUCAAAACGGACCAUGAGUUUAAAACUACUUUGAAGAACGGAGAAUGGAAAAAGGAGUAUGUUUGCAAAGUAGAUGGAAUUUUCCCCGAUGGCGAAAUUAUUUGCGACCAACCAAUCGGCACUAUUGUUCCUUCGCUGGGGAUACAAUGUGUACGAGAAGAUGGGAAACCUUCAAAGACAAGAUUCAGAAAAAUGUGGACAGACGGGAAAACUUCACUUGUUCGCUGUUUUCCAGAAACUGGAAGAACACAUCAAAUACGCGUACAUCUUCAGUAUCUAGGUUAUCCAAUUUUCAAAGACUACUAUUACAAUACUGAUGACUGGGGUCCAAAAAAGGGAAAAAAUGGGGAAUAUGGCAAAUCUUAUGAACAGUUGGGAAAGGACAUUACCAGAUCGCACGAUCGAACCCUUUGGAAUGAACCAGUUGAUGAUAAUUUUUUUGUCAGAACAUUCCAGGGAGAUUUGGAGUCCUAUCUCGCGAGAAUCAAAGAAGGGGAUGGAGACUAUGACGAAAUUUGCUAUUCUUGUCAUACAACAAAAAAAAUCCCACCCAUACAUCAUUUUAUGAUGUAUUUGCAUUGUCUUAGAUACGAAACCUCAUACUGGAGUUACUCAACAGAUCUUCCGGAGUGGGCAAAAGAACCUAACGCAAGUGGGGUUGACGGAGUUGAAUGUAAGGAGUAA